CAGUGUUAAGGAAAACAUUCCAGCCAGAGGAGAGAGCUAGAAAAUUCGAAACCCUAGCAGUCGUUCCUGUUCAUGGUCACUUCUUUGAUCACUUCUGCAAAGACACAUCUCCGGGGUUGUGCCCAAGGCAGACUGCAAACCUUUUUUCAGAGUCCUGGGACUGAUAGAAGAAGAGUUCAAAGUGACCCACAUCUGAACUCACCAUGAAAGCGGGCUUCUUCUUCUUUUCUGUCCUCCUCAGCAUGCUUGCUCAACUCUCUCAGGCCCAGUACCACUACCAGAACCUGAUGAACUACCUGGAAAGCAGAAUGGCUGCUCUGGAGGAGCGUAUUUCCUUAUGGCAUGAGCAGAACAACCGUUACAGCACCGACCUGAAAAAGUUCCGGCACCAGGCUGCAGAUUUGCUGGAGAAACUCGGGAAGGAGCAUGAGAAGCUGCGGGAGGACCUGGAGGGAGCCGGGGUGCGGGUGGACCGAGUGGAGAAAGAGAUGGACUACAUCGAAACCAAACAUCCACCCAAACCUUGUGUCAAAGCAGCGGAUAAAAUGGUGGAACAAGAGCCUGUGGUGAAGGAGAGGAAGAAGAAAGAUGAGUUUUUUGAGGUUUCAGUUUGUGUCGACAUCGUGUCAAGUAUCCGUGCCAUGAAGAUAGUGAAAAGGCUGGGCAGCACCAAGGGGGUCUGGACUAAGGAUGCCAGGACAGCAAAGGUCUACAUCUUUAAUGGAACUUCUGAGGACACUCUGUAUGAGUUCCGCUCGGUAAAAGAGCUCUCUUCAUCAUCUGGCUUGUCCAAAGGCAAGCUGAUAACCCUCCCCUCUGCAUGGAAUGGUACUGGCCAUGCUGUCUAUGAUGGCUUUCUUUACUAUGUGACUGAGAGGUCAGAGUUGCAGGUGAUCAAGUUUCAUCUGGAGAAUAGCUCGUUGGUGGACAGUGCCGUUCUUCCAGUGCAGGACCAGGUUUCAGUGUACAGCUUCAAUCCUGAGACCAUGGUGGACCUGAUUAUAGAUGAGGAAGGACUUUGGGCAUUAUACGCUGUUGGAGACACUAUUAACCUGGCCAAGAUGGACCCUGACACGCUGGACAUCGAGCAGAUGUGGGACACGGCAUGCUCCAGAAACAAUGCUGAAGCAUCAUUUUUUGUUUGUGGCACCCUCUAUGUGGUCUACAACACCAGACCCCCCAGCCGCUCUAGAGUCCAGUGUGUAUUCGAUGUUAAUGACAUGGUAACACCCGGAGAAUCUCCACUGCUCUAUUUCCCUAGGCGCUUCGGAGCUCACUCCAGUCUGAAGUACAAUCCUGUAGAGAAGCAGGUGUAUGCUUGGGAUGACGGUUAUCAGAUUCUCUACAGGAUGUCCCUGAAGAAGAAGCUGUGGGCCAUAGUGCCUCCUCCAGAGGAAUAACUGCCGAUGCAAAGAGACUACAGGAAAAAAAAACCUGACCAAAAAGAUUGUACACUUACUGUAUUAACACACCUUCAGAAAUAUAGAACUUUUGAAUAACUCAUAUUUUAUAAAGUUAAAUAUAAAAAAUACGGCAUUAUUAUGAGGCAAAACUUCAUUGAUCAGUGGUUAAUACGGUGUUACAGUUGAGGACUAUACUUAUUUGUAGCAUUUCUUAUACGUUAUAGGAAAUCAAGCAAAGACAUUGUGUCUUAAUAGAAAUUUCUAGAAAGUAUACAUGAGAUCAGACAACUGUAAAACAGUAAAUAAAUAAAAUUCACAGACUCA